GUGACUGAUGCAUUGACUGGUCUUCUUGGCCGACCAUCAUAUAUCCUGUGGAGGAUAUUCCAAUUAUUAGUUCAUAAUACCAGUGAAACAGCUGAAAAUUUCAUUUCAAUUUCAUAUCUCUACUUUGGACAGCUUCAUGCUUUCACCAAAAAUUGGUUACUUUUGAGAAGUUUAUUGCGAUCGAAUUUGCGUUGUGCCACCUAAACAUUGUUACUGAUAGGAAAAUGACGAUAGCAUUGAUAGAAAUUUGGAUCAUUUCCUCCAUAUGUAGAAUUCUUGAAAGACGUAACUAAUAUUUUGUUCUAUAGCUAGCCUUGUCGCCAUUUCGUUUACCGUUUUCGCUGCCUUCGCAUAUGUGAUUUCAUAUCAUGAAGCACGUCGACAUCAAAGGAGUAUAAAAGCACAACAAUUGCCCCCAAGAGAAGGUGGAGAGAUUUACCAAGAAAACGAGGUGAUUAGGACAACUGUGUUUGUAAUUGGUGCUAUUAUUUUCUGCCUUCUUCCAGUUUGCUCGUGUCUCAUCAUUUUAGCUACA